UUAAUCCGUCUCUCUCUGUUACUACUAGCCCAGGCCUCUUGCUCUCUCUACUCUCCUUUCUUCCUCUCUUUGCUUUUGAGUUCUCCAUCCGUAGAUUUGUUCCCUCCUCGUCCUUUCUUUUUCUUCUUCUUUCCCUCUCCUCUCCUCUUCUUCCUUCUCUUCCCCUCUCCUUGAUCUAUUGAAGAAGAACCAAAAUUUGGGUUAUCUUGGAGAACCCAGAUCUGGGUUAUCUUGGAGAACCCAGAUCUGGGUUCUCUGGGUUCUCCCUGGAGAAUCCAAUAUGGGUUCUUCGAGAGAACCCACGUUCUCAAGGACUUCAACUAUAACAGCACGAUUGCCGAGCACAAUUGGGGAGGAAGAUGGCUUUGUGCCGUGGGCAACACUGUUGGCGAAGGCAACCUUGGCAUCCUCAACCUCAAUUGCAAGUGCUCGGGCGCCAAGGCCAUGCGAGGCGGAGAAAGUCCGGCAAGCGACAUGGUCAAAGGUGGGGAUGGAAGUAGUUUCUGUAUGAGAAAAUUUCUUAUGUAUAUCAUUAUCCAAAAUUGUUAGCUGGCACAACUUCACAGAUUGUUGAUUGGGAUAAAUUGGUUGUUAAUUAAGGCAACUUAGAAAACAGACAAGUGUGGCCUGAAAAUCAGGCAUUUCUCUGAUUUGAGAAUUCUUGUUUUACUUCUCUAUUUUAUGGAAGAUUGCCUACCGCCGAUCUAAUUCCUUUUGGAUUUUCUUUACUUUUCCCUUUUACACGCCAGAAACAUGUUCUCUUCAAGAUUGGAAUUUUCCUUUUUACAAGCCCUUAGCCUUAUUAAAGUUGGUUCCUUUUA